UCGUCACCCCGCGUCUGCUUACCUUCUUCUUCCUCACCUCACCCUCCUCUCCAACUCCUAACUCCUAAGCCGAAAUUUCAUAUUUUGUUUUCUCCAAAACUCCCCACCCUUCUUUCUUUUUGCUACUUAAUUUCUUUCCUUUUGAAUUGAUUAAACUUCACGCGUCCUGUUUUAAAUGCUUUUAAAUUUAAAUAUCUCUCUUCUCUUCUGUUGAAAAUUUCAACGCUCCUUUUUUUUUCAAAACAUUAAAAUUAUUAUUAUUUUUUUUUUCAUAAAAAUCAUAAUAGUAGUAGAAGACGGACUAGACCUCGUUUCGAUUCAAAGAGUUCAAAAUAGAACAAAGAAAAAAAUAAGCGUUAGCUGAUCGAUCAAUUCUCAAGUCAACUUUCUUACUCGAUACUCAUUCUUCUCUGCAUCUCAAAAUGUCCGACGGACCCUUAACGGUCCUCGACGGGACCCACCUCCGAGCCCUCAACGUCACCUUAACGCCCUCUGACGCCGCCCUUACCGGAGCUCAGCUCCUCGACCUCGCUGAUUCUGCCGCCUCCGCUUCUCUCUUCGGUCUCACUUUGCCUCAAACCCUUAAGGCCUCUGCUCUUCAACGCAUCAACCUCCUAAACGACGACGUUUUUCUUCGUACUGGACUCGCUCCUGAACAGGCUUCUCACACCAUUAAGCUCUACAUCGACGCGAUCGCCGAUGAGUUGAAAGAUGAUCCUAUUGUUGCAGCAGUCUUGGACGGAAAAACUAUUAGGCUGUUUUUAGAGGAUGAGGAUGAUUUUGCAAUGAUAGCAGAGAAUCUUUUCACUGAUUUAGAUGCAGAAGAUAAGGGGAAGAUCUGCAAGAGUGAAAUUCAGAAUGCUCUUGUUCAAAUGGGAGUUGAGAUGGGUGUUCCUCCGAAAUCAGAGUUUCCUCAACUAAACUCUAUAUUGAAGAAACAUGGGGCAGAAGGAGAAGAAGAGUUGGGCCAAGGACAGUUUGCAUUGUUACUUCAGAAUGUUCUCCAAGAGCUAGCAGAGGCUUUGGCUGAAAAACCUAUCAUUCUAGUUCAGAACAUCAAGAUUGCGAAUGGUUCCAAGUUAAGAAAGCUUUUGAUUGAUGAGAAGCAAGUGAAUAAUGUUGUAGAGAAGAUACAACAAGAAAAAAAUGGUGAAAAGCAAAGCUCGGGGAUUGUAGAAUUAUUGAGGAGUUUUGUUGAGAAAAAUGGUUCAGAUUUGGGUAUACCACCACCAUCUGAAGCCAAUGAGGCUGUGACACUUUUGUAUGAUUCGGUCUUUGCUGAUAUGGAAAACAACAAGAUUGCUUCGGAAGUAGGUAGCGAUGGUCUUUCCAAUCUUGUGAAAGAGAUUCUCGAGGAGUUUGCAGAGCUGCUAGAAGCCAAUCCUGUUUAUCAAGGCCUUGAUAAUUGAGGAGAGGGAGAGAGAAAAUGGUAUACUUUAGUAUGCAUAGUGAAAAAAAUCUCAGUUGGCUGGGGUUAUUUUACUUUCCGAGUUUAAGAUAUUUCAUAUACAUAAAAAAUAUAAAGAAGAUUACCUUGUUAGCAGUCUUUCUUAACCCAUAUUCCUCUUAUGUUUUUAUUUGAAUUAGUAAUACUUAAAAGGUGAUUGAAUGGCUGAAUUUAUCAUAUCAAUAAAAUACAAAUCAGCUUUUGAUAA